GGCGCUGGCGGCCAUCUUUCUUUCUGGCAGGUCAGCUGACUUGGACCCGCUCGAGCCCAACACGUAGGCGGCAGAUCAUUUCUCCAGGGAGCGGAGGCGUCUCAAUCCUCCCUCCAUGAUCUCGGCAUAGAGCAUAGUACCCCUUCGCACGGAGGACGCGAUGGCUCCCAGGAAACGUCCAGAAACCCAGAAGACCCCCGAGAUGGUUGUGCGCCCCAAGAGCAAGAGGAGCAGGAGCCCCAGGGAGCUGGAGCCCGAGGCCAAGAAGCUCUGUGCGAAGGGCCCCGGUUCCAGCAGAAGACUUGACUCAGGCUGCCUUUGGGCGGAGUUGGCUAGCCUGCAGGUCCCGCCACUGUGCAGCAGCAUCAUCAGGGCCCUGCACCAGCAGAAGCUGGGCAAAGCUUCCUGGUCAUCCCUACAGCAGGGUCUCCAGCAGUCCUUUUUGCGCUCUCUGGCUUCUUACCGGAUAUUCCAAAAGGCUGCCCCCUUUGACAGGAGGGCCACAUCCUUGGCGUGGCACCCAGCUCACCCCAGCACCCUGGCUGUGGGUUCCAAAGGGGGAGAUAUCAUGCUCUGGAACUUUGGCGUAAAGGACAAACCCACCUUCCUUAAAGGGAUUGGAGCUGGAGGGAGCAUCACUGGGCUGAAGUUUAACCCUCUCAAUACCGACCAGUUUUUCACCUCCUCAAUGGAGGGAACAACUAGGCUGCAAGACUUUAAAGGCAACACUCUCCGAGUUUUUUCCAGCUAUGACACCUGCAACUUCUGGUUUUGCAGCCUGGAUGUGUCUGCCAAAAGCCGAAUGGUGGUCACAGGAGACAACGUGGGCCAUGUGAUCCUGCUGAACAUGGACGGCAAGGAGCUUUGGAAUCUGAGAAUGCACAAAAAGAAAGUGACCCAUGUGGCCCUGAACCCGUGCUGUGACUGGUUCCUGGCCACAGCCUCCGUAGAUCAAACAGUGAAAAUCUGGGACCUGCGCCAGGUUAGAGGGAAAUCCAGCUUCCUCUACUCGCUGCCGCACAGGCAUCCUGUCAACGCAGCUUGUUUCAGUCCCGAUGGAGCCCAGCUCCUGACCACUGACCAGAAGAGCGAGAUCCGGGUUUACUCUGCCUCCCAGUGGGACUGCCCCCUGAACCUGAUCCCACACCCUCACCGCCACUUCCAGCACCUGACGCCCAUCAAGGCAACCUGGCAUCCUCGGUACAACCUCAUUGUCGUGGGCCGAUACCCAGAUCCUAAUUUCAAAAGUUGUACCCCCUAUGAAUUAAGGACGAUCGAUGUGUUUGAUGGAAGCUCAGGGAAGAUGAUGCAUCAGCUCUAUGACCCAGAAUCUUCUGGUAUCAUUUCGCUCAAUGAGUUCAAUCCCAUUGGGGACACGCUGGCCUCUGUGAUGGGUUAUCACAUUCUCAUUUGGAGCCAGGAGGAAGCUGGGAUGCGGAAGUGAGAGACAUUAAUGAAGGUGUGGGCCAAGCAGGGCUUGGAGCCACACGAGAACAAGUCCUGCAAGAAGAGGCGGCUGUGUGUUAAAGGGCAAAGGUAUCCAAGUCUUAGGGUUGGAGCAGGGGCACUGUGGCAUGGGACACUAUGGGACUGGGACACUGGCAUGUUUCUGUUCUGGACUCAGCUCCAGAAACUUCUCUAGAGUUGGCGACCCAGCUGCUCCAGAGGUCUCUGCUGUAUCUAACCUAAAGCCAAGCUACUUUUUUCCUUUCUGACAUGCAGUGGCAGAGCGAUCAGGUAGUGGUUUCCCAUGUGUGUUCACUGUUGACAUGGCAAUAAAAGAAUACCCAACUGA